UUUUAUAAGGGUUAUAUGCAAUUAUGGAACUCGGAGUUCCAAACUCUCCGUACUUCUCCGGGUUUCCUCCUAUUUUCACACGUUUACCGACAAACUGACGUCACCCGAUGUUCCCGCCAAAAUCAGAAGCAACCAUUCCGCACGGCGGCGGCGCGGCGGAUAAAGUGGUCGUGGCCGUGAAAGCGGAGAAGGUCAUCUCCAAGGCCGCCUUGGCUUGGGCUCUCACCCAUGCGGCCUGCUCCGGCGACGGCAUUACGCUCCUCGCCAUCUUUUCCGGCAACAAGGGUGCAGGCGGGAGGAGAUUUUUGGGAAUUCCUCGAUUGAAAGGGAACUGUCGGAGCUUCGAUCCGGCUAAGCUGCCGGAACGAAUUUGUCAGAUCUCUGAGUCUUGCUCUCAGAUGGUUCUUCAACUUCAGGACCGAAUACAGGUCAGAGUGCGGAUCAAGGUUGUAUCAGCCAUGUCUGCUGGUGCUGUUGCUGCUGAAGCAAAGAGUUAUGCAGCCAAUUGGGUCAUAUUGGACAAGAAACUGAAGCGAGAGAUGAAGCAUUGCAUGAAUGAACUGCAUUGCAAUAUUGUAGUUAUGAAGGGUGCCCAGCCAAAAGUUCUCCGGCUCAAUCUAGCAAGGUCAAAUGAUCUUCAAACACCCUUUUAUUCAGCUGCUUCAUCGCCUACUAAGGACAGCAAUAAGUUCUACACCCACAUUAUGAAGCAUACGACCCCUGUCAGCAGCCCUGAGGAUCCCAACACUUCCUACACAAGAACCUCAGGCGAAAAUUCAUUAUCAAGUCCUGACACAGGGUCUUGUAUCUAUGUUGUGUAUGAAGAAAAUCCCCUUUAUGAAGGAUUAAGUAGAGGUAAAAGCCUGCCUAGUAGACUUGAGACACCGGACCAUCCAGGGGCAAGAAGAAUGUGUUUUUCAGGAACCCCAGAAUCUGAAACUUUAAGGAAUCAUAGAAAUCACGCCGAUAAUGAGCAUGGUCCAGGAAGUGGAAACCAGAAUAACAUCUCUAGAACUUCAUCUACCUUUGCCAGAACUGAAAUGUUUGAUUUGAUCCAAUAUAGAGAUGACGAAAUGGUAGGAGGAACUGAAUUGGAUAAAAAAUCUGAUGGAGAUUGUGUGUACAACUCUAGCAUUCGGGGAGCUGUCUCUUUAGGUAAAACUUCCUUGCUGCCUCCUCCUUUAUGUACACAUUGUAAAUCCAAGGCUCCAGCAUUUGGAAAACCCCCAAAGCAGUUUAAUUACAGAGAACUAGAGGAAGCUACAGAUUAUUUCUCAGACAAAAAUUUUGUAGCAGAAGGUGGGUUUGGUUUGGUUCAUAGAGGGAUUCUGAGGAAUGGGUUGGUCAUUGCUGUGAAACAACUGAAGUUUGCUGGCCCUCAACGAGAUGCUGAUUUCUGCAGGGAAGUUCGCGUACUGAGUUGUGCCCAGCAUAGAAAUGUGGUGUUGCUUAUUGGUUACUGCAUUGAGAGGAAGAAGAGAUUAUUGGUGUAUGAAUACAUAUGUAAUCGCUCAUUGGACUUCCAUUUACAUGUUGCAGGAAAUGAAAAGUCAGUUCUUGAUUGGCAAGCACGUUUAAAGAUAGCUGUCGGGACUGCAAGAGGAUUACGGUAUCUUCAUGAAGAUUGCAGAGUAGGAUGUAUAGUUCACAGAAACUUGCGGCCAAACAACAUCCUCCUAACUCAUGAUUUCGAACCUCUGGUUGCUGAUUUUGGACUGGCAAGAUUGCACAGUGAGGAGGAGUUCUGUGAUAGCAACCAGGAAGUUGGAACUCCAGGGUAUCUUGCACCAGAAUAUUUCAGUGGUGGGAAAAUGACUGAGAAAGUUGAUAUAUAUGCAUUUGGCCUGGUAUUGCUAGAGCUAAUCACCGGCCCACGAGCCCAUGACUUGCAGUGCUGCUCCGCAUACCAAAUUUUGCUAGAUCAUAUCCAUGCUUUGGCUAAGAUGGAACCGCUACAUAUCUUGGCUUACAACCAUCAAUUGCUGGACCCUCACUUGGCAUCAAACCAACUCCAAGUUUUACCCUAUGAGCUUCAUGCAAUGGGAUGUGCUGCCUCAUUGUGCCUACAGCAAGAUCCUGACUUAAGACCGCCCAUGUCAAAGGUAGUCAAAAUGCUAGAAGGAGGAAGCCCAGUUACUCCCCUGGCUUUGGACUUGUGCAUAGUUGGUUGUAGCAAUGGGCAUUCUCAUGACAAGUUGCGGCAGUAGUUGUAUUAAUUUACUUCUCACUGUCUUCUUUUUACUUAAUUGCAAGUAGUACAGCAGUUAGUCCAUUAUUGUAAGAAGCCACAUGCAGAUAAGGAGUAUUAAAGAUCAACGUUCUUCAUUUUUGAAGUCAUUCUUGUGAGUGAUAUUAGAACAGUAUAUCUGAUUGCAUAUGAUUUUUGUGCCUCAAUAUCAGCUUGGAUGGAUAACUGAUCUUUUGUCAGAAGACAAGUCGCA